CAGUGCACAGUGUGAGAGUGGGUUGGACAGUGAGUUUCCAGUGUGUCAUGGGGAAUGCCAAUGUUAGCCACGUUACUGUCACCUGGUACAAGGCGCAGCCUGGAUCAAGCAGAGAGUUGCUGAUCACACAUGAUGCUCGGAACCACGUUCACCGUUACCCGGGUGUUACAUCACGCUUUCAACCUUCUAGGGAUGUCACCAAUAACAGCUACGUACUGACCAUUACAGGCGUGGACCCCAGUGAUGUUGCUAUAUACAUUUGUAGCGUGCGGGGAUCAAGCUAUGGAGCAGGGACCCUGCUGAAUGUGACCACUACAGUGCAGAAACCAGUGCUGGUUCAGUCCCCGCCAGUGCACAGUGUGAGAGUGGGUUGGACAGUGAGUUUCCAGUGUGUCAUGGGGAAUGCCAAUGUUAGCCACGUUACUGUCACCUGGUACAAGGCGCAGCCUGGAUCAAGCAGAGAGUUGCUGAUCACACAUGAUGCUCGGAACCACGUUCACCGUUACCCGGGUGUUACAUCACGCUUUCAACCUUCUAGGGAUGUCACCAAUAACAGCUACGUACUGACCAUUACAGGCGUGGACCCCAGUGAUGUUGCUAUCUACAUUUGUAGCGUGCGGGGAUCAAGCUAUGGAGCAGGGACCCUGCUGAAUGUGACCAUUUCAAACGCGCGAAUGGCUGGAGAGCUGAGAAUUGUCUGGAUCAGUGUGGGGGCUGCGCUGGGAGCUUUGCUCAUUGUUGGAGCUGCUCUUCUCUUCUGGGUCUGCCCAGCUCGAACGAGGAAGCGACAGUCCUCCAAGACUAUUCAGCCUACUGAUAAAUUGCCGGAAUCCCAUUAUAAAAACAUCUCUCUUCCUGGAGUCACACAGGUUUCCCAGAAACCUAAGGAGCUGAGAUUUACCCGCACAGAGACAGGUAACCCCACAAAAUACCAAACCACGUUCGUUCCAAACCAAAACUUGUUAUACAACAGCUUUGAGCCAAACAAUUACAGCAAUGUCCAGCUGAAGGCAACUGAACCGGUGCCAGCGAAAUCCAAUUAUCACAGAGGACAGAGGAACCAGCAGCUCCGACCAACACAACUACCACGCCAGCAUGAGUCAGCACCAAGAUGUCACCGGCAAUCAACACUGAGGCGUUUUAUAGCCUUUAAGAAUUUAGCAGCGCCAACCAGUAGCAAGACUGUAUCGACACCAGCCUGUGAAGAUAUCUAUGCAAAUCAAAGUCAGAUUAGAGCUCAUCUCCUCAAAGAGAAAUCGACUGAUCCUCAAAUGGAUUCCAACUCAAUAUAUAUGAAUUUUGAUCCACGGUAUUAAGUCAGUGAACAACAGAGGGCAUUAAAGAGAUGCUGAAGUGCCGUCAGCCCCUGACAUACCUUAAGAGGACAAACUUUCCUUGAGACAUCAUUCUACAAUUAACGCUGGAGGUUUUGCUCUGUAUAUUUAGACACAACUUUCUGUGAAUUAAUGUAUUAUGUUACCAUAGAGUUGCUUUUGUUCCGACCUGAGAAUGCUCGAUGCUGACACUGUGUGGCUGAAAUAGAAAUGUAUUCCAGUCCAAAAUGCUAAGAUCCCUCACUGAGAGCAGACAGAACCAAGCAUGAGGGAACUUAGCGAGAGAGAGAGAGAGUUCUGAAGACAGAGAGAGAAUGGAUAGCUGUCAAAUUAUCUGUGAGGUUGCUAAUAU